UAAGAAAUACAUACUUGUCCAUUCUGCGUGCGUGACUAGGGUUUUUAUUUUUGAGAUCGCUGCUGCUCUUGCAUUUCCCCCAAUCUCAAAUCGAAGCCAUGGGUCACUCCAAUGUCUGGAAUUCUCACCCCAAAACCUACGGACCUGGUUCCCGCACCUGCCGUGUGUGUGGAAACUCUCAUGGAUUGAUCAGGAAGUACGGACUCAUGUGCUGCAGGCAGUGCUUCCACAGCAAUGCCAAGGAAAUCGGUUUCAUUAAGUAUCGUUGAAGAUUGUCCAUCUAUGGUGUUGCAGUAUUGCUGAUGUAUCAGCAUUCACAUGUUCCAAUGUUUUAGAUUUUACAUUGUCAUGUUAAUCAUGCCAGGAUGAUUUUAAUUUUUGAAGAACUUAUUUUAUGUUUUUUAGUUAAUUAUGUCUGUUAUCAAACUUGAGUUCUGAGAAUAUUAUAUUUACUUUACAACUUUGUUGUGGAAUUGCUUUCAUUUUCCUUUCAUAA